AACUCGUGGAAAUUCUAUUUUUAGAAGAUCCCCCAAAACUUCGUAAAAUAUCGAACAUUCCCGUUCUGGCCCGAGACGACGCACUUUCAUUUUAUGUUACAAGCUUUAUGAUUGGCUACUUAUUUAGAGCGAAAUCAUCUUUUUAGAACACCACAUCAACACAAAGUGUCUGUACUAAAGUAUGAAAAAGAAAAAAUGGGACCCCAUCAUCAAUCAUGUACUAAAGAAAGACUUUUAAAAGUAAAUUUUAAUGUAUAAACACUCUAUUGGUGUCUGAUUCUAAUAAAAGAAAUAGCCAAUCGUGUAUGCGCUUAUUUGAAGCGCUCUUCUCCCUGCGAUUGCUUGUCUUGCUCGAUUGGAAAUUACAUCAUGAUGGUUUUCACGACUUCAUCUCUGUGUUUUCACUGCAAUUGUUGCAUUCCCUAUCAGGACUUUGAUGUAUUUAAAGUGUUGGUGUGCCGUUGAGCUUCGAUUGAGGAGUUAUUUCUUUGAAAAAGACUAAAAAGUGUGUUUUGAUAGGUUCAUAUGGUCACGUGACCACUAGUUUGUGAAAUGGCGGCUUCCGAAAAUUUUCAACAUGAGAUCUAAAAACACAGUGUAUACUGCAAAGGGAGGCCACAGUGAUCCGCUGCUCUGGUUCUACUUUCGUUUUGGAAUGUCUUAGAUACUAAUUUGUCUCAGAAAAAUGUCAACCAGAGCAAGGCGAGCAAGGGGUCGUCCCCCAAAAACGCCUUUGUCCACGAAUCGCACAAAUUUUUUGCGAAAACCAAAAGCUUACCAAAAUCAGGAGCAUGGUAUAAACAGUACUGGCAGAGCAUCACCCGUCACCCACUACAGAUCAUCAAGAACCGAGAGAGGACGAGGCCGUGCUGCUGCCAGUCGAGGGAGGCAUUUCUUGAGCCAGUUAAUAGCAGAUGAUGAUGAAAUUUCCUCUCUGCCAGAAUUUGAAAAUGAUAGAGCCAGUGAUUUCACAGAUUUGGACAAUACUGAUCAUGUGUAUGAUAAUGUUGGAUCUGAUGCUUCAUUUGAGGGUGAAUCAGAUCAAGAGUCAAGUGAUAAUGAAAGUUUGAGUACAGUUAGUAGCUCCGUGAGUCGGAGGAAAGUUCUAUUGAAAAGACCUAAAACACCGGAUAUUGGCGACGAUAAAGACAUUCCAGCCCUGGAAUUGCCGUCUAGUGCUACAGAUUUGUUGCUUCCCGCGGAGCAUAUUUUGCAAGCAAUUGGAAUUUACGAAGUCCUCAGACACUUCAGAACAAUUCUUCGUUUAUCGCCAUUUACAUUUGAAGACUUCUGUGCUUCUCUGUUGUCUGAUGAGCAAAGCAAUCUGCAAGCAGAGAUUCACAUCACACUGCUUAAAGCUCUUCUACGAGAGGAGGAUGCCAGCAAUACUACUUUUGGUCCGCAGGAUUUGAAAGACAGCAUCAAUAUUUCAAUAUACUACCUUGAUAGUAUGACAUGGCCUGAAAUUAUUCGGGCAUACUUAGACAGUGAAAUGCAUCCAGAGUAUCGUGCUCAUUUAUCCAUCCUAGAAUCUCCUGACUUUCCAUUUGUACCAUACGCAGAAAAGCUCCAAGUGCUACAGACCUUGACUGACUUAUUCCUUGCAGUAUCUAAAGUUCGAGAAGAGAUCAUCAAUGAAGGCAAUAUUCAGUAUGAUGAUCAUUGUCGAGCAUGCCAUAAGCUUGGAGACCUCCUGUGUUGUGAGACAUGUUCUGCUGUUUAUCAUUUGACUUGUGUUGAGCCUCCUAUGCAAGAAGUCCCAGAGGAUGACUGGCUUUGCAGUGUAUGCAGAGCCCAUCAGGUGAAGGGAGUCACUGAUUGUGUGUCGGAGGCAGAGAAAAGUGGGCUCUUGAGCAGACAGGAGCCCAUUGGCUAUGACAGACAUGCUCGAAAGUACUGGUUCCUGUGUCGCAGAAUCAUUGUGGAGAGUGAAAGUGAGACACGCUAUUACAGCACCAAGUUCCAGCUGGAGGAGCUGUUGGAGAGUUUGGAUCCCAACUGGGAGGGUGACCUCAUCUCUUAUGUCAACGAAAUGAAAGAUGACAUUUUGAAGCAGAUGACCUUUACUGAAGAGCUCACAAAUUCCUCAAAGGGAAGUCGCAAGUCAAUGAUGGAAAUUGAAAAUGCUCAACUUAUCAAAGUUCAAGCAGAAAGAGCAUUGAAGAAAGCCAGGGAAGAAGAGGAACGUAAGGCAAAAGAAGAAGAGGAAAAGAAGAAGAAGGAGGAGGAAGAGCUUAAGAAGAAAGAAGCAGAGGAAAAUCAGGAGGAGGAGUCUGGGAGCACUGAGAAAGAGAAGGAAGACUCGGAUGAAGCAGAGAUCGAGAAAUCAGAAGUUGUUGAAUCAGAGUCUGAAGUUACUUUGCAGACAGAGGAAACCGCAAGCACUGUGAAAAAGAGUAGUUCAGGAGACACUCAAACCACUGAGAUAGUGGAGACGACCACCUCAACUACCACUGUGACCACUGUCAAAUCCACCACCACAACCACCACCAAAUCACUGUCCGAUUCAGAAAAUGAAAACGAUGAUGUCAGUGAUGAGCCACCUGCAAAAGUAGCUAAACUCGACGAUGAGACAGCAACUAGUAAAAUGGCUGGGGAUGGAGAUAAGUCAACUGGUGAUAGUGCUGAGAAAGAUGCAGGGACCAAUACGGUGGAAAAUAGUGGCGACAAAAGUAAAGAGGACAGUAAAAUCGUCCUGAGCAGUAAGUCUGCUUUAGCAGAAGCCAUAAAAGCCAGUAGCGACGGAAAACCAAAAGUGAUAAACUUGCAGUCCCUUCUUCCAGCGGCCAGACAGACACUGCUCAAUGUGGUGGACAAGAGUGGUGAGGAGAGCAAAAACGAUGCCAGCACUAAGACUGUGCUUCUGGUGAACAGGGAGGGAGGGAAAGUUACAUUACAAGUGCAACGGCAGCCGGUUAGUAAAGAAGAUGGGAGCUCUGACUCGACCGUCACACACACCACUACCUCAACAACCGUGAAUGCCACUGAGUCAAGAAAAAUGCUCACUAGGUCUAAGACUGGCUCCCUAACACCCAAGCUGUUCACUGAUUCUAUCACCAUGACAACCAGCUCUUUGAAAACGUCUGGGAAAAGUUCGGAGGAUGUGCUUGUAAUGAACAAGGAUGGGGAGGUAACUCGUGUCAGCCGAGGGAAGGUCUCUCUUGCCAGCAGUUUGGCGCAUCAGUCUGUCUUCUUCAAGCUAGGUGCUGAAGGGUCGUUCAAGCAGUUCCAGAACCAGUACACGACCAAUACGCUGGCCCUGAACAAGCAUCAGCACAACGAGGAGAGGGAUAAGAGGCGCCAUCUUAGCCACAAGUUCUCCCUCACUCAGACUUCAGAGUUCAAGUGGAACGGCAACAUCGUGGGCAACAAGAUGAGCACGUUGGCCACACUGCGCCUCACCAUCACCACUCUGGAGGGAAACGUUCAGGCUCCCUUCUUGCAUUCUAAUUGGCCGAAUCACCGGCAGAACUGGCAGAAAGCAGUGCAGAUGUGUCAGAGCCCACGUGACUUUGCUCUGGCAUUGACCAUUCUAGAAGCUUGUAUCAAGCCGUGUGUAUUCAACCCUGUUUGGCACGAGUCACUUGGUCAUCUCCGCUUGAACCGAAUCACUGUGGCCGACAGAGAGGAGUGGAAGAAGAAGGAGAAGGAGCAAAGACGAAGAAAAGAGGAUGAAGAGGAAGUGAGGCCAGUUGUGUGGAUCAAGUACACCAUGGGUUUAAAACAUCAGGUAUGGAAGCAAAAGGGUGAGGAGUACCGCGUCACGGGGGGAAAUGGCUGGCAGUGGACGAGUGCUGUCCGCAACUUCAAGGAGGUUCCUCAGGACACAGUUGGCCUGCGACUUGUUGCUCAGAGACUCAAGAACCGUAAAGUCAAGGCUGCUAAAGCUGCUAGCAAGGGUUCUAAGUCCAGUGACAAUGACGAUGGGGCUGAGGAGGAGGAGAAAAUGGAGGUGGAGGAUAGUUCUGGGGAAGGAGCAACAGAAACAGAGGCUGCAUCUGAGACAAAACCGGAUUCUGAGCAGCCGAAAGUGAAAGAAGAGGCUAUGGAUGUUGAUGAAAGUGACAAAGUUGACAGUGACACAAAAAGCUCAAGCAUGGAAGAUGGCAGCGCUGAAGACAAAAGCUCUAAUGCUGAAGAGAAAAGCUCGACUAAAACAGAGGCAGAUACUGAGAUAAAAAUGGAUGUGGGCGAGGAGCAAGUUAAAGAUACUCCAAGAAGUAGUAGGCGAGUAAGCACACUGCCUGUAAAGAAGGAAGUAAAAUCUGCAUCCCUGAGAGACCAGCGAAGGCAGUCAGCAGUCGAUAAUUUCUUGUCCUUCAUGAAAGAGAAGUAUUUGGAAGAGAAAGACAAUGUUCUAGCCCUGGAGCUGUUGAAACAACAUCCACCAAAAGUUGAUGUAGAGGUGAUCAAUGUCUGCGAUGCAAUACAGAAGCGUACCCACUACCCAAAAGUCACCAAACCUUACUCAAAGUUGGAUAAUCUCCUUGAGCGUCGUAUGAAGCAAGAUGAGUUUGAACGCAAGCAGAGAAUGAGCAUUGAGACUCAAAUUGCUCUCAAAAUGAAACUCAACCAAGCCAUUGAUGCUGCCAAGAAAAAGAAAGCAGAGGAAGAGAAGAAGGCUAAUGUUGUUAAAGGAGAUGCUGAACUUGUGAAUGGAGAAGUGGAUGACUCGCCCUUAUCUUCAAAGUUGGCAUCAACAAAACCGCAGUACUCGUGCUACUCUGUGUUGUGCCGCAGCAAAGACAAAAGCGUCUACUCCCGUUGUUACUCCCCAGCCUGUCAGCUGAGCAAGCAGUUGGAAGAGAAGAGUUUGAAGCCCUCUGUGUCUGACGGGUCGUUGAGUAAGGACAGUGUUGAGGAGGAUUCUGUUGGCAGAAGCAGUAAGGAGAGCACCCCUUCCGAGACUGCCCUGGCAGAUGAUACUGACCGGAGUGCAAGCCCAGAGGAGAAAGAAAAGGGGGAAGGCAUGGACUCCUUUGAUAUGGAAGAUGAUAGUAGUAAAAAGGAAGAUGAUACGGACAAAAUAGAAAUGAAAGACGAAGGAACUAGUGCCAAUAUUGGGGAUGCGAACACGGAAGAGGAAGAUGUUGACAUAGAAGGUGAUAUCAACAAAGACAGCGCCUCUGGUUUGAAACUAGGAUUGGGGUCCUCGCAAGUAAAAUCAAAGUCUGACGUUAACAAAGGUACUUCUUCUGGUUCUCAAACUGAAAUCUCCAGCCAGAAAGAAUCUGCUGGGGCGAGUUCCUCUCCCAACGAAAAAUCUUUAGAUGAUGCACCUAACAAGGGUGCUUCUGUGUCUGACAUUGUCAAGAACUUGGUGAUCAAAACCAUGGCGGAGAAGGCAGCAUCGGGCAAAGGACCUGCUCUUUCAGCACAAGCUCUGACCGUCAGUGUUGAGGAGCUUGAGUCCCGACUGCCUCCAAAGCGUAGUACAUCAGACAAAUUCAAGUUGGCGAAAUUCACCAGAAUUUCCACUAAAAAGGGAGCCAGGGUGUCCAAGCAUGGUCGCCUCCCUAUGUGUCACAAGUUUGAGACCCCUUCCAAGAAAAGGAGUGUUCUGAUUCUGGAUAGGAAUGAGCUGCGGAAAAUUGCACGCCAGGGUGCGAAACGGGAGAGUGUGAUGUUCAACUACAACUGCAAAAUGAACAAUGUGUGCUGGCCCUAUCCUUGUCCACGGCCAGUGUUCAAGACUGCAUGGCGUUUCCGCACAAUGACCCUUCAGUCUCUCUCUGCUGCUGCCCUGCAGCUUCGUAUCCUGUGGGCAUGUAUCAGGUGGGAUGACAUGGCUGCCAAGCCCCCUGCAGGGGGGACAAACACUGUCUCGACAGAGACUGAAAUUACGACCACUGAACUUCUCAAACGUCGAGAAGUGGGCGUUGAUGGUCUGCGCUCAGAGUUUCUGGUCAGGAAGAUAGUAGUGCCACUGGGUGUACCAGACAAGCCCAAAGAAAAAUACACACCCCAGCGCAGUGGGUUGCGAGAGAGAAAACGCAUAGAGGCUGCGAGACAGACAGAGCCAAGUGUCACUGAGGUUUGGGUGCCGGAGGAGGUGCUAGAACUCUGGGAAAUCAAGCAGUUUGGAGAAAAGCUGGAAAAGCAGCGACAAGCAGCCCAGCAGGAGAAAGCUGUGGAGAAAACGUCUGUGGUGACGGUCCAGACGACAGUGGGCUCCCAGCAGAGCGCAGCUCAGAUCAAGGCUCAGAUGGAGCAACAGCUCAAGCAGCAACGUCUGGCACUGGCCCAGAAGCGCAUUCAGGAGAACCAGGGGAUCCGCAUCACCACGGGCAGCUCGGGCUCGGUGAACGGCGCCACGUCCACCACCAGCAGCAGCACCACCAUCAUCAUCAACAACGGCAGCCAGCUGGGCAAGCCGGGCACCACCUUCAAGACUCUGACCGUGUCCUCCCCCAGCAGCCUGCUGUCUUCUGGCAUCAUCAAAACCAUGCAGCCAAAAACCAUCAUUACCAAUGCCAGCUCAUUAUUGGGCACCCAGUUACGCCCUGGGAUCAGAGUUCAGAUCCCCGGCUCGGCACUCCAGCUGCGACCACAAACAGUCACCCUGGCCCCAAAACCAGGGGUAACGACGUCUGGUGUGACUACUGCCACAAGACUCAUCUCUCCAGCCACCAGCGUUGCUAGAGUCAUAUCGCCGUCCACAGCGCAGGGACAGACCACCAAAACUCAAACUAUUCAAAUCAAGCCUCAGUCAUCUGGACAGCCAGUUCAGAAUCUGCAUUUUAUCCAAACACCAAAUGGCCAGCUGCAAGUGAGAGGGCUACUUCCAGGUCAAAUCAUCCAGCGCAUGCCAGAUGGAAAACUACAGAUUAUCACUCUGAGUAGCCAGGCUGCCUCUGUGAACUCAUCGCCAGCCAGUGGUCAGCCAUCCAUCGCGAGCACUCCACAACAGCAGACGCCACGCCCAACCCUUAGCAUCCGGCCGCAACAGACUAUCAUGGUGACAAUCCCAGCGAACAGCGGCACAACUUCCACUCCAACCAUCACCCAGAACCGGCUAGUCAUCCCAGCCCAGCUGGCCUCCAGUGUUGGCCUCUCCCUGGGCCAGACCUCUGCCCCAACCACACUGACUGUACCGGCUGUGCGGCAAGUGCUGGGCAGCUCCGUGGUGACCACACCAUCCAAGCAGAUCAUCAUGACUCGGCCCGGCGGCCCUCAGGUCAUCUCGGCCCAGAAUCUGGCCACAGUGCUGGGAAGUCAGGCCAGUCAACUUCUUCCUCAGAGCUCUGGGACGCCUCUAGUCUCAUCUCCGGCCGGGCUGAACAGUGCUGUGGUCAUCAGUGCCCCCGGGGUGCUCGGUGCCGGAGCUCAGGCCAUUAACGCCGCUUCCAAUGUGAGUACGGUCUUGGUGAACACUUCACAGUCUGCGCUACUGUCCAGCUUGACCUCUCAGACCAACAUGGGCGGCCCGCAGACCAUCAUUUCCACGCUGAAACCUCUAGGUGUGACGGCAACCAGCACCACCACCACCGUGACCACUUCCCUUGCCACAGCUCCGGCAGGCACCUCCCUGCUGGCCGGUCAAGUCAUUCCUGGUACUUCUCUCCUCCAGCGGUCAGCGGGGGGCACAUCUCUCCUCAACCUCAAUGCUGCCUCUGGCUCAGGCGGGACACUCACCAUCUCAGGCGCCUCAGCCACCGGUGCUCAGAUCCCGAAAAUUCUGGCUUCUCCUCCCGCGGGGGCACAGAUCAUAACCCGACCGGCGGGGAGCUCACAGCCACAGCUUGUCCUGCGACCGGGAACGUCGGUCAUCACUGGUGCAGGUCAAGCAAAGGUCAUCACUGCCCAGCAGCUGCGUGGACUCACAAACUCGCCCAUACAGCUGAAGCCAGCGGCUGCAUCAUCCAUGAGUCCUAUCAAAAGCAUCCUGUCCCCGCCCACCAACCUUCUUCCGGCUGUUAGCGGUGUGAAAGGCCUGACGGCCGUGCGUUCCUUAACCCCCCAGCUCACUGGACAAACCCCGCCCUCCUCCUCCACCCAGCAACCACAGAUCAUUUCCGCCACUGCCAAGCAGGUCUUGGUCACAUCCACAACAGGCACCUCCCUGCUCCCACAAGCACUGACUUUGAGUACGUCACCAGAACCAGGCAGUACAGUGGCUUCUCUGGCUAGUCCCACAGCGGGUGCCAGUCCCAGUGCGGGGGCUGGGGCCCCAAAGUACGCCAUCACUCCGCAGGUCGUAGAGCAAGUGGUCCGUCAGGCAUUGCUUCAGAAUCAGACACCAGAAAUUCAACAAAAGCUUCUAGCGAUGCAGAAACAGAUCCAGCAACAGCAGCAGAGCCAGCCCUCGGCAUCUGCGACGUCGGUGGUGGCGCUGUCAGCAGGGGUCAGCUCAGCAAGACGCACCAACCAGAGCUCGGCGGUCACAACCCCUCCCACUCGCACAGUGGUCGGUACAUCGGCGACAUCUUCAGGGGGAGAUCACUCCAGGUCUAAAUCAAAGGGUUUGACCCAGGAACAGAAGGAGGAACAAAGCAGAGUAAGUGUUUGCGGCCAGGUGAUGAAGACUAUACUGGACAGGAUAGAGAGAGAGGAGAAGCAGGAGCAGAGAAAUAAGAAGAAACAAGAGUCUGCAGAGGAGAAACAGAAGAGAAUCACAGCCCUGAAUCAGCAGAAGGCCUUGUACAAGCACAAAGAGGGGCUGAAGAAAGAGAUCCACAGAAAGAGAUCUUUGAUGGAGAAGAAUCUACAACAAGAAAUAUAUAAUGAAAUGGCAGAGAAGCUUAAAAAGGCCAAAAUCAGUGUCAGCAACACCUCCAAGUCUCCUCAAGGCUCUGCAGCAGCGACAACAGUGGUCGCCUCGUCGGUCGUGACCCCAGUGUCUGUCAUGACAGGUGCAGGGAAAGUGGCUAAGAAACUGGCGGACACUCCAAAAGCUCCACCCAUGUCUUCAGAGGCUAAGUCUGCUGGUCGCAAGAGGAAGCAGAAGAUUAUCUCUACAGGCGUGAAAGGCUUGAAUCCCAAAGAAAAGCUCUACUGCGUCUGCAAGACACCAUAUGACGACAGCAAAUUCUACAUUGGCUGUGAUUUGUGUUCUAAUUGGUUCCACGGGGCUUGUGUGAAUAUCAGUGAGAGUCAAGCGAACUACAUUGACUCCUACAUCUGUGAGGAUUGUCGCAAGCAGCAGGAAAACACUUCAGAGGAACUCUACUGCCUGUGUCGCACUCCCUAUGAUGAGAACCAGUUCUACAUCGGCUGUGACCGUUGCCAGGACUGGUUCCAUGGCUACUGUGUGGGCAUCUCCAAGGCAGAAGCAGACAACAUUGAAGUGUACGUGUGCCCUAACUGCCAGAAGGAAGAGUCUGCUGACCCCAUAGCACAGAAGCCCCUGACUCAAUCAGAAUACCAGCACCUCACCAAAUUGCUCAAAGAUUUACAGGUACAUAAGAUGGCCUGGCCGUUCCUACAGCCAGUUGACCCAAGAGAAGUGCCAGACUAUUAUGAUAUUGUCGCUGAGCCCAUGGAUUUGACCAUAGUUGAAGCGAAACUAGAAGCCAAAGCUUAUCACAAGCUCAAUGACUUUGUGAAAGAUGUGACCCGGAUCUUUGACAACUGUCGCCUGUACAAUCCGGUGGACACGCCAUACUUCCAGUGUGCUGAGGUGGUAGAGACCUAUUUUGCACAGAAGGUCAAGGCCUUGCGCAGCGCUAACAAAUUAUGAUCAGGAUGCGUGUUGUCAUCUGCCCAGACGCCAGAAUACUCUGAUGUUCUGUGGCCAUCAGUUACUGGAUCGUCAAACAAAGCGGUGUUACUGUUAUGUCAAAUGAUUCAUUUUGUGUAAAUACAUGUCUAUUAAUGACUGAAUCAAAAAAGAUGUAAGUAUGAUGCACCCCUUUGACUCCAUAUUCUCGUCUGACCAGUUGACAGUGGGCAUAAUGUGAAAUUUUCAUAUUUAACAGAAAUAUAUCCCAUGCAAUUCACAUACUUCAAAGUCUUUGUCAGAGAUGGCAUUGCAUUAUUUUUAAUGUAUCAACAAGAAUGUUUUGUUGUUUAAAAUAACAUUUGUAAGUAUAUGUAAUGCUGAUAGCCAUAAAUUAUGCUUUUCCAUUCACAUUGUUGUUCUCACCAAGCCAGUUGCAUGUGAAUCAGUAAAGCAGAUUUUCCUGACUCUCUAAUGCAUAGAGCAUUUAUUCAAUUUAACAUUAUGCCCAUGAAAAAUGCCAAUUAAACCUGUGGAUAGAUGGAAGUAGUGGCACUUUUGAUUGACUGAAAGGAAAGAUGAUGGAUGGAAUGCAGAUAUAGUUAGCUCUGAUUGAAAUGGGCAGCAGUUUUACAGUAUUCUCCACAUGCUGGGAAGUACAGGUGUCCGUGUCUCGUGGAAGUGCCCGCCAACGCGGAGGUUGGUAGAUUCGCGGGCUCCCGCGGAGACAUUGGCUAUGUGUCUUGUACAGCUGUUUAUAGAAGAUUGUCAUGGUUUUUUUUUAUUUAUAAGUCUACUUAUGCAUUUGACCCAGUGUGAAUAUAAGAUAAAUUUAAUAUGUCCAUUGAUUGUAUUACAUCCGUGACGAGUUAAUGAAAUUGUAAUUUUGAACAAGUGUAUGCAAAUUUCAUCUAAAGCACCAGCAAGAAUUUUGAUAGGGUGUUUUUGAUCUCCGUUCGAGUUGUGUAUUGUUGCAUAGAACUUUGCAAGACCUCGUGUGUUUGUCUGAUAGAUAGUGUAUUUUGUAUACUCUGGGUUACUGAAAUUUGUUGAAUGGUAAUGACAGCACAGUGUGUGUUAUUUCCUCUGCUGUGUGGCUGUUUCCCCUUUCCUCCUUCUUUGUUCUUUUCCCCGUCUGGCGUUGGUAUUGAAUUUUACAGGGUGAGAUGAAAAAUAGCUGGUGUGGUAGCUGGAUGUAUUGUGCUGUUUUUCUAGUAUAUUGAAGCCUUGUCUGAAAUAUAUAAAUCUGUCGUUUGUUCAGAGGAGGAUGUGCGGAUCGUUGAAGUCUAUGUGUUUUUUGUCUGUCGGGGACUUUCUAGUCUUGUAAUGUGUGAGAGGUACCUUCAGAGUUUAAUUUUCUAUUUAUCAAUAGUUAUCACCGGUGAUGAUAUCCUCUCUAUAAUAGUAUCGUAUGACUGCUGUUGAUGUUGUUUAUGGUAUUUAUGUGUUGGAUUUUUAGUUUUUGGCAAAAUUUUCAUCUUGUUUUAUUACAUACACAAAUCUCAUUAAUGAAAAUGACUUGGAUCUGUCCUUUGUAAUUUACCUUGUCUCUGAGUGUCUGUUCUUCUUGAGAUGUUUGGCCAGUUCAUAAAUAAUUUCUAAUCACAGUCUCCUUUUUCGGUAGUGAGAGGAGGUGAAGUGGAUGGGAAUGGCGUGUUAUUUAUAGCUUCUUAUGUGUAUGUAGCUCCAGGCUGCAUAGUUGCCUCUUGUAACAGGACACUGCCAUAGAUUGUGUUCCCAGGUUGCUCACUGUGUUGAGAUGUUGUACAUGGAAA